CGUCAGUAUCAUUCCAACCGUUUUCUCAGUCACGCCGCGCACGCGUCCUUUUGGUAGAAAAAUUCACCGAGAUUAAUAAAGAAAAAUCCCGCAACGUCAGCCUCCGUUCGACACGUGUGUGACGAUAAUCACCCUCCACAUUUGUUCUUUUAGUUUUCGUUAAUUUUUAGUCAUAUAUUUGUUACUUUUUUUUUUCUGCAACUGUGCUUUCAAGGACCGUAAGUUCCGCUAUAAGAAAUUUCUUCGUAUUCGGUAACCCGGGGAGGUUACAACCCCCGCGGAAUCAUCUUCGUUCUCGCGUUUGAGCCACAGUGACGUGCCUCGAACGUUAAAAAUGUUGGGAGGCUACGAGGCUCAGGCAGAAUAUUACCCUCAAUGGCAUCAGCCGUACAACUACAUGACCCAGCUGCCCUACGGACCCAUCGGAAUUCCGGACCCGGUCGAGGUUCAUUCGACGUAUUGGGCGGCGGCGGAUUCCGGAAUAUCCGGGGGCAGUUCGGGGGCCGGAAGUCCGGCGGCCUCGACGCCGCCGUUGAUCGAAGAGAUCGGAGUCCAGGAACCGUCGCACUAUUCCCCUUCGUCGCAUUCCUCGCACUACUCGAAGUCAACGACGACGACGACGACGAACCACCACCAUCACAAUCACCAUCAUCAUCAUCAUCACCAACAGUACAACGCCCAUCAGAUGACGAGUGGCUCGGGGCACCAAUCUUAUCCAGCUUUGAUGUACCAGGCUUGUCAGACCGAGUCUGCGACUAGGCAGAGCGAAUUUCUUGGGGGUUCGUUGCAGCCCUCCGACCACCUUCAACGCGUCCACGACGUCAGGGAAGGGAUGGUCGUAAGGCCGAAACGGAGGAACACCGCGAAUAAAAAGGAGAGAAGACGCACCCAGAGCAUCAACAACGCCUUCGCCGAUCUCAGGGACUGCAUACCGAACGUACCGACCGACACGAAACUUUCCAAGAUAAAAACACUCAGGCUCGCGGCUUCCUACAUUGGGUACUUAAUGGCGGUUCUCGACAGCGACGAGGGAGAGGAACCGCAGAGUUUUAAGGCAGAAAUUUUGUCCAGUAGCAGGCGUAACAAGUCUCAACAAAACGCGAUCGAGACUUCCGGUCAGAGCACUUCCUUGGUGCAAGAAGAAGGCCCCAAGGGUAAGGGUAGAACUGGAUGGCCACAGCAUAUGUGGGCCUUGGAACUGAAGCAGGAACCUCAGGCCUGACUGAAAGACGCCGCAGAGAAAGAGUCGAGGAGUUGAUUGAUCGGGAACAAGAGAAUUUUCGCGACACGUGACGAACUGU